AUGACAGACACCAGCAUUGUCGAGAAGGGAGUUCACGUCCACGACUCACCGGUGUCUUCAGCAGGGUCAACAAGCGCGCAUGGCUUCGAUCGCGCUGCGGAGAGGCGACUCAUUCGCAAGCUCGACUUUCGGAUCUUGCCAGUACUAUGGAUAUUGUAUCUGGUCAACUUCAUUGACCGCGCCAACAUAGGCAACGCGAAGAUCCAGGGCAUGGAGACGGAGCUGAAUCUCGUUGGCCAGCGAUUCAACAUUGCGGUUUGGGUAUUCAACCUGGGUUAUCUUGUCGCCGGCGUCCCAUUGCAAAUCGCCUUUAAGAAGUAUGGGCCCAAGAGUCUUUGCGUAAUGAUGUUCUGCUGGGGCAUCACCGUGAUCGGAUGCGGACUCGUAAAGCGAUGGGAGGAACUCGUCGUCUGCCGUCUGCUGGAAGGCAUCGCCGAGUCGGCCUACAUCUCGGGAGCGGCCUACUUGAUCGGCGCAUACUACUCGAAGCGCGAAUACUUGACGCGAUACGUGUUCUUCUGCACUGCGGGUAUUGUUGCGGGCGCGAUCAACGGCUUCGUGUCCUCGCUGAUUGCUAGGAUGGACGGUACAGCCGGUUAUGGAGCGUGGAGAUGGAUCUUCAUCAUCGAGGGUUGUGUAACUAUCUUCGUCAGCAUAGCAUGCUGGCCCGUCGUCCCUCCGUUCCCCGAGCACUGCAAGUUUCUGUCUCCCGACGAAAAAUCGCUCAUGCUUGCACGGAUUCAGGCAGAUGGUGGCCACGUAGCUGACGACGAGAUCUCAUUCAAGAAGGCGUUGCACUUCCUCAAGGACUGGAAGAUCUGGACUGGCGUUUUGAUGAACAUCGGGGUGACUGAGAACGCGAACUCUCUCGCGAACUUCCAGCCUACCAUCCUCAAGGGCCUCGGCUACACCGCGACGCAAGCGCAGGUCCACACGAUCCCUGUGUAUCUUGUCGGCGCCGCCUUCUCCGUUAUCUUCGCGUACAUGAGCGAAUGGCUGCAGCGCCGGUAUCUGUUCUACGUCCUGGGUUGGGCAGUUCUCGCGACAGGUCUCAUUGUGGAAAUUGCGCAUCCAUCCGACCCUAAGAUCCGGUAUAUGGGAAUUUUCUUCGUGGCAGCUGGAUGCUAUCUCGCGAUGCCGAUCUCGAUCAUCUGGGUCUCGAUGAACUGCGGUUCUGGGUACAAGCGCGCCGUGGCUAUCGCUGCGAUUAUCAACCUUGGUACUGCUGGAGCCUUCGUUAGCUCAAACGUUUUUCUAUUUUCGGAGGCGCCGGUGUUCCGCACUGGGUUCAGUACGGGUCUCGGACUGGCUUGUAUCAGUGUUGUCGCUGCGACGGUGACGUUCUUUGGUUGUCAGAGGGAGAACAAGAAGCGCGACGAGGCAAGGUUGCAGAUGCCGGAGGUUCUGGAUCAGAGUAUGAAGGCGCUGGGUGAUGAUCAUCCCGACUUCCGGUUCGCGUUGUAG